UUAAUUAUCUUUAUCAUAUUUUCAUAUUCAGGGACACAAAUAAUAAAUUAAAACGCACCACGAUAUUUUUAUCUGAAGAGAUAAAGACUAGUCGUUAUUUAUUUUGAAUUUCAAAUUGCGAUUUAUCGAUAACCCGAUAUGCUUAGUGAUGGCCUGAAACAACAGCUGAAAAGCUCCCGCAGAGCUUUUUACUGUUGUGAAAUUCGCCGACAAAUUUGGUAAUAUAAACGAUCUCCGUUUCUUGUUCUAUUAUCAGAUAACAAGUAACAACAAAUGGCACUUGUCCAAACCUGCGCCAUCGACAACAAUUCCGAUGCCUGGCUGAUAUGGAUGUCUCGAGAGGCGAGCUCCAAAGGAGAAAAACUCAGCUUGGAUCCCCCGCGAAUCGUGGCAUUUCACUUCUUUGAUAAUCGACACAGAGAUGAUGUGAUUACCAAAAAAUGGGCGAAAUUAAUGGCCAAACUGGCCCAUGAAUAUGCCGGUCGGAUAAUGUUCGGGAUGCGGGACAUGAAAAGCAUCGGCAAUUGGCAUCCGAAUCUCAGACCGAAUGACUUUGGCGGUUAUCGGCCAGGUUUGCCGCCUCUUAUCUAUGGAGAGGAUAAGAAGCACAAUGUCUAUGAGAUGAACAGGUUGGUGAACUACAGGAAUAUGAAGGACUUUUGCGAGAAACUGCUGCAGGAUCAGCUCUUCCAGGCGGUUGUUCUGGCCCCCGUUGCCGAAUUGGAUUCACCUCCUCAAAAUUACUUUGACUUGGAAGAUCACAAGGACAGGGAUUACUUUGUGAUGUUGUACGAUCCUGCCUGCUACCACUGGCCCAUACAGUUGAAAAUGCUGCGGAAACUGUCCCGCCUGCUGGCCAACGAAACAACUAUCUCUGUGAUGAUCAUCAAUAAGUCGCACAACUAUUUGGGCGUGGUAUUCAACAAGUUUUCGAAGGCGGUCAACUGUCAUGGGGCCACAAUAUUCAGCACUUCACGUCUGGAUGGCUGCGACUUUAAGAUGCGCCCGAGACAGGACAGUACACGCGAAUAUCUGCGCUACAUUGCCCAGAGCAGACAGCCAGAGUUGUUGGGCUACGAUGCCAAUGGCGAGCCCAAAGCACCCGAGGCGGCAUUGGCUUACAUUGAAUGUCUAUUUGCUGAAAGCAGUUGACGGAUUACCAUUGCCAUAAAGU